AUGACGAAGCCAAAAUCCAGGAGAAAAUCAAAUGCCCAACAGGAAGAAGCAACAAAUCCAAGUGAAUUCUCGUUCGACAUAACCAGAGUAGCCGUGGCUCAGAUCUGCAAAUCGGUUGGGUUUAGGCGUAGCCAGGUCACGGCGCUCAACGCCCUAACCAUGGUAGCCACCAAAUACCUGGAAACCCUAGCCAGGUCCGCCACAUCAUUCUCGCACGCCGCCAAUCGCGCCCAAUCCAACAUCCUGGAUAUCACCAACGCCCUCCACGACACGUCCCUGCAAUUGGGUUUCAAGGGUGCAGCCACCCUGUACGGAGACGAUUGCUUGUUGAAGUCGGCGGUGUUGGAAGAUCUGUGUACUUUUGUCAGCUCCACGGAUGAAAUACCUUUCGCCAAACCCAUUGAGAGACCAAAGGAAAGAGAAACAGAAGAUUUAAAAGCUUCACCGGAGAAUUUGCAGAGAGGUGGUCAUAUCCCGGAAUGGUUACCAGGGUUCCCUGAUGUAGGUAAUAGAGAACAAUGCAAUCAAAGGGUCAGCAGGGAAAUGUUGUGGGAAAAUUCUACUUCGGUUCUGGUACAUAACAAUGAAGGAUUUGAAGAGAAGAGAGAUGACAGUAAAGGUGGGAAAUCGUCAAAGAAGAGAACAAGAGUGAAAUUCUGGAUUAAGGGAGAUCAAAGAAUGCGCAUGAAUGGUUUUAGUGGCAAUAAUUUGUUUAGUCAAAGUACAGAUGACGAGGCAGAGGUGAAACAGACUUUGGUGUAUCAGAGGAGAAAGAAGCUAUAA